UUGGCGUCAGGACGCAGAGUCCAGGCAGCAGAAAGAGGGCGGCUGCAGUUCAAGAUGUCGGAGCGGGCGGGAAGCGGUGCUGCCGCUGCAGCUGCCAUCGCCGCUAAGGAGAAGCGCAAGCAGCAGCUGAAACGCUGGAGGGGUUCUUGCACCGAUUUAGAACCGGGCGAGCCGCGGUGGCUGGCGGGCGCCGGGGCAGUCAGCGGUUCGAGCCCAAGGCGGGUGAGGUUCGAAGCGGCUGCGGAGUUCCUGGCGGCCUGCGCCAGCGGGGACGCGAAAGACGCCGAGGAAAUGCUGAGGGGUGGCGCCGACGUGAACUGCGCCAACACGGAUGGAAUCAGCGCCCUGCACCAGGCAUGUAUAGAUGAAAAUUUGGAAAUGGUGGAGUUUUUGCUGGCACAUAAUGCCAAUGUUGACCAGCCGGAUAAUGAGGGAUGGACACCACUGCAUGUGGCGGCAUCAUGUGGUUAUUCUGAAAUUGUCGAGUGUUUAAUCAACCAUGGUGCCAAUAUUGCUGCUGUGAAUAGUGAUGGACAGUUGCCACUUGACCUCGCAGAGGAGGACUACAUGGAGACCCUGCUGCAAGAUUACAUUAACAAGCAGGGGAUUGAUGUGGAAUCUGCAAGACGUGAGGAGGAGGAAUUGAUGCUGCAGCAUGCCAGACAAUGGUUAAACAGUGGGAAGAUUGAAGAGGUAUCUCACCCAAAAUCUGGUGCCAAUGCUCUCCACGUUGCUGCUGCCAAAGGCUACAUCGAAGUGAUGAGGCUGCUCCUUCAGGCAGGGCUCAGUGUCCAUGCACAAGACAAAGAUGGCUGGACACCAUUGCAUGCUGCUGCACACUGGGGAAUGGAAGAAUCCUGUAGGCUUCUUGUGGAACAUUUCUGUGACAUGGAAGCAUUAAAUAAUUCAGGCCAGACACCGUUUGAUGUUGCAGAUGAGGACAUUUUAGGAUUACUUGAGGACCUGCAGAAGAAACAAGAUGAUCUGAGGACCGAAAAAGAAGAAAAGAUGAAAAGAGCCAUUAUUGAAACCUCUGUACAGCAACAACAGCAGCCGACUAAACCCAGGAAGAGCUCUGUGUGCAGGAUGAGCAGCAAAGAGAAGAUUUCAGUGCAAGAUCUGUCAAAGGAGCGUAAGACCUUGGAAACCUUGCCUUUGGAUGAAAGCAAGAAAGAGGAAUCCAGCAGUUCGAGUUCAGAAACUGAGGAGGCAUCCGAGUCUGAUUCAGAAUGUGAAACUGAAAAGAACAAGAAACCUGUCCUCAGUAACAAUACCAAUAACUUGAAUGGCACUGAAGGUAUCCCUCUAGCACCUCCUGUAACCCUCGCACCAUCAAAUCUGAAGGACGCAGACUUGUCUACGAAGCCAAGUGUCAAGCAAGAAGCCCCUCCUGCAGCUUGGCGUACUGGACUUCGAAAAACUGGCAGCUAUGUUACAUUACCUGAUGCGCAACACUCUCCUGAGAAGAUCCCACUGGGCGGCGUCAAGCGCUCUGCUUCUUCCCCGCGAUUAGGUUCAGAUGGAAAGGACAAAGGAAUACACGAGACCCGGCUGGCCAGGGUGCCACCCACUCCAAUUGGAAGGAUGCUCAGUGUGCCUGAGACUUCGGCUGAGCAUGCAGUAAGCUCUACCUACCAGCAGGGUAGAGAUCCCAGCUCCCAGGUGCCAAAAGACGUUCCAGGCAUGUUGACAGGCACCACUGAUUUUAAAGAGAGGCGUCGGUUAUAUCUUACCCCAGUGCGUGAUGAGGAAUCAGAAUCCCAAAGAAAGGCACGGUCACGGCAUGCACGACAGUCCAGACGAUCGACGCAGGGUGUAACACUCACAGAUCUAAAAGAGGCAGAAAAGACCUUGGGAGGUGCCACAGAGAAAAAAACCCAGGAUCAGCUGGAGAAGAGAGAGGAGGAAGAGAGUGACAGAAAAGGAAGAAGUUUAGUUGCUGAGGACAAGGAAGUGGGUAGUCAACUGAGACCCUCCACCACAGAAGGAGUGUCGCUUACUUCCACAUUCUCCAGAUAUUCUGUUGCUUCAGCGUCGAAUAUAGAUAUAAACAAAGAUUCGGAAGACUGCAAAAAGGAGGAAGGAGACUCGGAUUAUAGCAAUCAGAAUCGGUUAUCUGUACGAGAUCGACGGAAAGCUAGAAAAGAACAUAGGUUUACUGGCAAACCAGAAUUCUCAGAAGAGGGAGACAGCACAGAACAGAUGAACAGUGUGGACACGUUAACGCAUAGGUAUGGCCCAAGUCUGAGUGAUCGGAUUCCGGGCAGAAUUGGGACACCCUCCCACUCCAGUGCGAGGUUAAUGGAGGACGGGAAUAAUGACUUCAGGAAGAUGUAUGAAGUGGUCUUGUCAGAGAAUGUGAGACUGAAGAGCGAGUUACGAGAAGCACAAUCUUACCUCACACAAGCCAAUCAGGAAUUGGAGAGGGUGUUGCAGAGACAAGGAAUGCAUGAAAAUAGACCGGCACAAUUGGAGUUGGAAAGAUUUGAACGAAGGGCAUUUGAAAGAAGGACAGCUGAACUGGAGGAGCAGCUAAAGGUUUUAACGGACUUAAAAACAAACAAUCAGAGGCUAAAGGAUGAGAAUGCAGCCUUGAUCCGUGUCAUCAGCAAGCUCUCAAAAUAGUUUGAGGUGCCAUCAUCCAGCUGCACCAACUCUAAAACAUGGGAAAACAGUUGCCAACACUGAUACUGUAGAACUGACUUUGGGUUUGGAUCAAAGGAGAAUCUCUUCAAAGCCAAGUAUUUUUUUUUCACCACCAAUAUGGUUAACUGUUGAGGGGUGGGGCAGGUAAAAGACAGGCGAGAAGAACUUAAAAGUAGUCUAGGCAACCAGCCACCAGCCUAAACUCCAACGGCCAAAACUGAUGCAAGUUGUCAGAUGUCUGGUCGUGUAAAAUUGCCAACAAUGACUCUGCUGUCCUGAGUUUAUUUUGUUUGUUUUUUCUUUGUACCUAACCAAUUGUGAAGGUUACCUUUUGUGACCUCUGGGUAUGUGUAUGUGUGUAUUUGUAUAAAAUAUAUAUUUAUGUUCUGGUAAAUGAAUAGCUUAGUUUGUUAAUUCACAUUCUUCUCUGGUGUGUCCUGGUCAGUUGGAUAAACACGUUUUACUUUCACAAUUAGUAGUACUACUGGUCAAUUAGCAUUGCCCCUUUCCACCAUCCUCUGCCCUGACAUCAAACAUUUCUUACAGCGAUUGAAUGUAUUUCAAUCUUGCACCUUCUUUUCUAUUCUUCAAACAUUUCUAAGUAGCACUUCUCAUGAUCAGUAUGUGAAGAGCAAAAGAUUUUGAAUGUUAAUGUGCAGUAUUUUUAAAAAUAUUGUCAAGUAUUAAACUUAGAAGUUAAUGUGAAUUGAUUUCUAUUUGAGCUAGGUGUGUGCUUCCAAUGUAAUCAUUAAAACAUUUUAUUAGGGCUUGAAAUUUAAUAUGACUGGUUAAAAUUCCCUGGCCCAUUUGACGUUUAAAUCCUUGUUUAGGCCCAGGGUUUUAACACACUGUCCUCGUAACAAAUGGAGGAAAUGUGUUCUUCAAAUUCUGCUGACCUUUUGGGAUGCUGGAGAAGGUAUUUGGUAUUCAAAGUCAUUUCAUUGUGUGCCUUUUUUUUGUAUCAUUUUAAUGAGCAGUGAACUCCAUUGAUUUAGGUGAAAUAAUGAGCAUCAUGUUGCAGUACUGCUUGAGGGCCUGCAUGCCAGCGGCAUCUGGUGGCAGAAGAAAGUAGUACAAUGUUCAGUAGAACAUAAGAUAACAAGGUGUAGAGCUGGAUGAACACAGCAGGCCGAGCAGGAAAGCUGACGUUUCGGACCUAGACCCUUCUUCAUUGCAAACCAUUUGAAUGCAAAUGGUUCCUGAGCCAAUGUGUCCUAAAAUAGAAGCCAGUUUCAGUGUUUGAAAGUAGUAGCUCAGGGUUACUUUUUUUUAUUCUGCCCAAAGCACUAAAUUAGGGUGCGUGCGCACACUGCAUCUUGAAUUUCAACAGGCAGCUUAGCUUCAAGCGCAAGGAUCAAGAGGAUGCUGAGUGCUUUUUUUUUUUUUUGUCGUAACGUUACUGUUUUACUUUUUACUGACAAUCCGUAUUCUGAGUUCAAUAAUUCCAAACGCUUAACUUGAAAGCUUGAGCACAGAGCAGUACAUUGUAGAUUUGCAAUUGCUUUUCAAGGUUGAAAUGAAAGUUUUGGGAGUCAACUAUUGUGUGCCGACUGGUGGUUGCUUACUAAGUAAAAGACCUGGAACUAAGCUCCUACCCAGCAUGUGUGAUACAAGGGUAAAGAAGCAGGAGUUUGGAAACUAAAUACUAUGUUGGAGCAUUGUGCAGGGGAAAGAAGAGGUGAAAGGAAAGUGUUUCCUAAUUAUGUGACAAGGAUUGUGCUACAGAGCUAAGGAGUUCAGAGAAAUCCUAGAUCUAAUCCCGAGGAUGGUUAACAUAAUGCAAAAGCAACAGAGAACUCCCUUCUUAGUGAGGAUUGUCAUACUGGAGGAAUAUUUAAAAUUAGCCAAGGCUCCUGCUCAAGUUCUGGGUACAUCACACUUGUGUACAACUCCCACUCAAGGUUUAGACUGUGAACAUUCCCUGCCUGUACAUACAUGUACAUAUCUUCUGAUUUAGCUUCUUUUAAUUCAGGGGAAAAAAAUCAAAAGUGGAAUUAUCCACAAGCAAAUCUGUGCUUUCACGGGAUAUAAUCAAGCCAAAAAUGUUCUCGGCGGAAGUCCUUGUUUUAGUAUGUCCUCGAAUACCUGUUUUGAUCAUGAUUACUCAGUGGUCAGCACAUUGAAACUGAUCUGAAGUCUGAAUUAAUUAGUACGUUUAAAUAUCUUUUUUUAUUUCCCCCGCUGCUUGGUUUCCUUUAAGCAGACUGAUUUUGUUCUCUGGUAUUUGCUGAGAAAAGUUGUAUGAUGAUAGUGCAGUUUAUUUUUUUUGGCUUCGCUGUGUUUUUUUUUGCUGUCUCAUAGGGCAGACUGCUUGAGCAAGCCUGUUUAAAUACUUACCCAAGUAAACCUGUGUUUAGUGAUUUUGAGUAAAAGAUUUCCAUAAAUCUAGGUUUUAUAAAAGGGUGCAACCUAUUGAGCUUUCACACUUUUUAACACUUAUUGACAGCAGCCAGGAUUAAAUACCCUACCUUGGUGGUAUUCCCCUGUAUUCCCAAUUGAUACUGUCCAUUUUAUAAUCGACUAGCCCAGUUUAAACCAGGCAGCAGGACGCACCAUUUGGUGUGCCUUAAUAUCUAAUCAGACAUGUUCUUACCCAUUUUGCCAUCCAGGAAUGUUAUUGCUCAGGCGGAUCACUAUAUUUACAGUUUAUAAUGAAUAUUCAACUACCUUUGUCAUAAUUAUAGUUUAUUAACUUCAACACAAACUGUUCCUGAUGCGCUUAAUGGUCAUUGAAACAAUUGCACAUGAAGUUUGUAUGUAGAUGUGUAUAUAUAGAAGUGAUCAAUCACUGUGAUGUGUACAUUCCAAGGUCAUCUGUAUGCAGGUUGUCAUAUUUUCUGAUCUGUGUUACUGCUGGUGAUUUGGCUACAGCGUAAAUGUCUUGCUCUUCCCCUUUAUUUCAAGCACCUUCCAGAAUCUCCUUUUUAGGAAUUGAUUUUGAUUGAUCAGUGCAGUGACAGAUAUUAUUGCUGAAAAAUUAAGACAUUGCAGGCACCCCACAUAAAAGCCUUGCAACUUCAGAACAGCACAGUGCAAAACCUUCUCUAAUCUGUCCUGUUCCAGUUGUUCCCAAUCAUAAUAUUGUGGCAUUUCUUUAUUCAUUUCGCAUGCUAACUGGGAGUGUGCUGCAGGUCCACGCCCAUUUUAACUACUAUAUCGAAGUUUAAAGUUUUUUUUAUUUGAGAAGAUUCGUAGCUUGGGUUGUGGAUGAGGUUGUAGACUUGUUCGCCGAGCCAGUGUGUUUGGUUGCAGACGUUUC